CCCAAAACAGCUCCGAAAAGGACAUUUGGAUCCAUUACAAAUGAUCAGGGCCAAAAUGUAUUUGGGCUGGAUAUAAUUGAGACACCUGAGGGAGAUAAGUGGCCUCAACUGAUUGUCCAGCAGAUCCUGGAUAGGGAGCAGAAGGAUACGUAUGUGAUGAAAAUCAAAGUUGAGGAUGGUGGGAGCCCUCCGAGAUCCAGCACUGCCAUCCUGCAGGUGACAGUGACUGACGUGAACGACAACCGCCCGGUCUUCAAAGAGCAGGAGGUGGAAGUCAGCGUUCCGGAAAACGCGCCCGUGGGCACCUCCGUGUCUCAGCUCCACGCCACCGACGCCGACCUGGGCUCCAACGCCCAGAUCCACUUCUACUUCAGCAACCAGAUCUCCAGUUUGGCCAAGAGGCUGUUUGCCAUCGAUAACACCACUGGCCUCAUCACUGUAAGAGAACCGCUAGACAGGGAGGAAUCUCCUGUACACAAAUUAACUGUUUUGGCAAGUGAUGGCAGUUCAACUCCAUCGAGAGCGACAGUGACUGUUAAUGUCACAGAUAUUAAUGACAAUGUCCCGUCGAUAGACACGAGAUACAUCAUCAAUCCCGUGAACGGGACGGUGCUUCUGUCUGAGAAGGCUCCCCUUAAUACCAAAAUUGCACUGAUAACAGUGAUGGACAAGGAUGCUGAUCUGAACGGAAAAGUUACUUGUUUUACAGAUCAUGACGUCCCUUUUAGGCUAAAGCCAGUGUUUGAUAACCAGUUUCUCCUGGAGACAGCCACAUUUCUGGAUUAUGAGGCCACACGGGAAUAUGCCAUUAAAAUAGUGGCUUCAGAUUCAGGGAAACCUCCCUUAAACCAGUCUGCAAUGCUCCUGAUCAAAAUUAAGGAUGAGAAUGACAACGCCCCAGUUUUUACACAGCCUGUGAUAGGUCUUUCCAUCCCUGAAAACAAUGCGCCUGGUACUCAGCUAACCAAGAUAAGUGCUACAGAUGCUGACAGCGGGCGCAACGCUGAGAUCAGCUACAUCCUGGGUUCUGAUGCACCCCCAAUUUUCAACCUUGACCGCCGUACAGGCAUUCUGACAGCAGUGAGGAAGCUGGACAGAGAAAAGCAGGACAGGUACUCCUUCACUGUGCUGGCCAAGGAUAACGGGAUGCCCCCCUUGCAGACCAAUGCUACUGUGACAGUGUCAGUCCUGGACCAGAACGAUAACAGCCCUGCUUUCACACAUAACGAGUAUAAUUUCUAUGUGCCAGAGAACUUGCCCAUGUAUGGCACAGUGGGGCUGAUCACAGUUACUGAUGCUGAUUCGGGGGAGAAUGCUGCAGUCACUCUUUCUAUAUUAAAUGGUAGAGAUAAUUUCAUUAUAGACCCUCUUACUGGUGUAAUCAGACCUAAUAUCACAUUUGACAGGGAACAGCAGGGGUCAUACACUUUCCAGGUGAAAGCUGUGGAUGGAGGAAGACUGCAGCGUUCCUCAACUGCCAAAGUGACCAUCAAUGUUGUCGAUGUAAAUGACAACAGGCCUGUUUUUGUUAUUCCUUCAUCUAAUUAUUCAUAUGAGUUGGUUCCAACAUCAACCAGUCCAGGGUCUGUAGUUACUAAAGUCUUUGCAGUUGAUAAUGACACAGGAAUGAAUGCGGAGCUCCGCUAUAGCAUCAUAGGUGGGAACUCGAGGGGCUUGUUUACAAUUGACCAAUUAACAGGCAAUAUAACUUUGAAGGAGAAGGUAAUUACAUCAGAUCAUGGCUUGCACAGACUGGUGAUAAAAGUCAAUGACCUGGGACAGCCGGAGUCUCUUUAUACUAUAGCUCUUGUGCAUUUGUUUGUGAAUGACACAGUCACCAACAGUUCCUACAUACAAGAGCUAGUGCGCAGGAAUAUGGAAGCUCCAGUUGGCCAGAAUGUUGGGGAUGGUGAGAUCACCCCACAAACCAAUGAUUAUGUCAAGAUCAUUAUUGCCAUUAUUGCAGGCACUAUGACAGUUAUUCUGGUAAUUUUUGUUACUGCCUUGGUACGGUGCCGCCAGACGCCUAGGCACAAGGUUGUCCAAAAAAACAAGCAGAGUGGUGAAUGGGUUUCCCCAAACCAAGAGAACAGGCAGAUCAAGAAAAAGAAGAAAAAGAAGAAGCGCUCUCCAAAAAGUCUUCUUCUCAACUUUGUGACUAUUGAAGAAUCUAAGCCUGAUGAUCCUGGCCAUGAGCACAUAAAUGGCACUUUAGACAUUCCUGUAGAGCUAGAAGAACAGACUAUGGGAAAAUAUAACUGGGCCACUACACCGACCACAUUUAAGCCUGAUAGCCCAGAUUUAGCAAAGCACUACAAGUCUGCUUCUCCACAGCCUACCUUUCAAAUUAAACCUGAGACUCCUGUACCCCCCAAGAAGCACCAUGUCAUUCAGGAACUGCCUCUAGAUAACACCUUUGUGGUGGGCUGUGACUCACUUUCCAAGUGCUCAUCAAGCAGCUCGGACCCUUACAGUGUUUCUGAAUGCAGCUGUCAAGGAGGCUUCAAGACCCCAGGCCCCAUACACACCAGACAGCUCUGAACGCCAUCGCAUCUGAUGUUAUGUACUGAAGUCGUACGUGUACACAAUGAUGUUAAGCCAGCAAACAUGAAAACAAGGAAACAGCACGAGAAAGCCCUUUGUCCUGUCUCUGAUUGCCGAAGACAUUUAUCGUCUCAUCUCCAGAGGGGUUUGGAAGUGGCGAUGAACUGUUCAAGCUGCCCUACUGAAAGGUAUCAAGGGCAAGGAUUUUUUAAAAAGGAAAGACAAGGAAAUUUUAGUACAUUGUGCUAUAGUGUUCUAUAUUGUAGUUUUGCUAAGAAAAAAGUAAUGUGACCCAUCCUUCUUCACAGUUGGUGAUUAUGGUAAAUCUCUUUUGCUUGUAAUCAUCUCCUUGUCCCAGAUUUUUUUUCCUUAUUUAUUUUAGUUGAAACAAUUAGGAAUUUUGUUUCUAGAAAUCUAUUAAAAGGGAGCAAUAAAUUUUAUUCAUACAUUAAAAAGAGAAUGUAAAGUUCUUUAUACUCCCUGCAUUUAAAUGAAAAACAAAUGAAUUGUCACUUCUAGCACCAUUAUACGUGUUAAGAAUUAAGUGUUAUUUAUAUCUAUACCAUAAUAUUUUUAAUGAUGAUAUUGCUGCUAUGGAUCACAAAUAGAGUUGAUCAAAUCACUGCUUUCUCAUUUUAUAGGCACAAUAGUAGUAGUGAAAAAUG